AUAUACAUAUAUCAUUUUUCAAAUCCAAUCUUCUUCUUCUUCUCUUUUUUUUUUCCCAAAAGGUGUCAAAGCUACAUGGAACCACAAAAUCUAACAGGUGUAUCAGAAUUCUUUCUCAUGGGACUCUCAGAUGAUCCAGACCUGCAGCCUUUCCUCUUUGGGCUGUUCCUGUCCAUGUACCUGGUCACUGUGCUGGGGAAUCUGCUCAUCAUCCUUGCUGUUACCUCUGACCCCCACCUCCACACCCCCAUGUAUUUUUUCCUCUCUAACCUCUCCUUGGCUGACAUCGGUUUCACCUCUACCACAAUCCCCAAGAUGAUUGUGGACAUCCAAACUCACAGCAGAGUCAUCUCUUAUGUGGGCUGCCUGACACAGAUGUCCUUUUUUAUGCUUUUUGGAUGUUUGGAUAGUCUCCUUCUGACUGUGAUGGCCUAUGACAGGUUUGUAGCCAUCUGUCACCCCCUGCAUUACUUGGUCAUUAUGAACCCACGUCUCUGGGGCUUGUUGGUUUUGGUAUCACUUUUCAUCAGUCUUUUCGUUUCCCAGAUGCACAAUUCAAUGGUGUUAAAACUUACCUACUUCAAAGAUGUGGAAAUUUCCCAUUUCUUCUGUGACCCUUCUCAACUCCUCAAUCUUGCCUGUUCUAAAACUUUCACCAAUAACAUAGUCAUGUAUUUUGUUGGUGCCAUCUCUGGUUUUCUCCCUAUCUCAGGGAUCUUUUUCUCCUACUAUAAAAUUGUUUCCUCCAUUCUGAGAGUCCCCUCAUCAGGUGGGAGGUAUAAAGCCUUCUCUACCUGUGGUUCUCACCUGGCAGUUGUUUGCUUAUUUUAUGGAACAGGACUUGGUGUGUACCUCAGCUCAGCCAUCUCACUUUCACCCAGGAAGGAUGCAGUGGCCUCGGUGGUGUACACUGUGGUCACCCCCAUGCUGAACCCCUUCAUCUACAGUCUGAGGAACAGAGACAUCAAAAGGGCCAUGUGGAGGUUCCUCAACAAAAAUAUCUAA